AUAAAAAUGUUUUUACGAUUUAUAUUCUGUUUUACUGUAAUCAUCAUUUUCAACGAAUUUCUCUGCCUUUCUUAACUGUGUGACUUUGAUCCUGCAGAUAUCUAAAGGGGAUAAUGUGUGUAUAAGGUGCUCUGCUUUCUGACUGAACCUGCAUUUUUCUGCAACACAUGCACUUCUGCUCUUUCUUGCACUGCUGCGAUAUAGCUGUGACAGUGUUUGUUGCAGUCAGGGUUGUGGUAGGUUUUAAUAACAGCUGACACGAUACACGUGAGAAAAGCGUGCAAUGCAAAGAAUGGACAGUCAGCAUGCAGAGUAGUAGGGAAGGCUGGAAGUCAUUGAUCUACUUCAACUGGCAAGUCAGGACUUUGACAUCUGAAGGGGAUGCAGAACAGGUCUGAGGAGAACAAGCAGUUAAGAGGGGAGAAGAGGGGGAUCUGAGCUCGGGAAAGAGACAAGGAGGGGUUAAAGGACGAGAGCAGGGAACGGUGAGGAUUCAUGCUGUGUUAGCAUCCCCUCAGCAACUCCAUCAAUACUGCACACAGCUGAGAAACUGGCAAAGGUCCUCUGUGCUGCAUUUUCAGGCUAGAACAGAGAAAGAGAGCAACUCCCACGAUCAGUCAGCUCAGUCUGCUGCUGAAGGGGGGCUCUGCAAGGGGCAAAGCACUCUCUCUCUCUCUCUCUCUCUCUCUCUCUCUCUCUCUCUCUCUCUCUCUCUCUCUCUCUCUCUCUCUCUCUCUCUCGAACCUCUUUGCUGCAUCAAGAAGCAGAAGAGGCGAGUGAAGAAGGAGGGACACACGGACAGGGAAUACUCCAGCGAAGAGAGCCAAUCCCAGGGAGGGACUGCAAGGAAACUCGUGCUGAUAUGCUACCAGGAUCCGCAUGGGAAGCUGAGGAUCAGGGAUUUUGACAGGACCUCGGUGCACCUGCUCCACGCACUCACACUGUAAACACAGAUUACAUGGAGAAGCUGGCGUGUGCGAUGGCCAUCUUGGACCUGCAGGUUUUCAAACCAUCGGUUCUGCGUUAUUGUUUCCUCCUCACCAGGCAGACAGACCCAAGGAUCUAACCACCCCUCUCCUUCCUCUCCUCCAUCCCUCCUUCCCUCCCUCCCUCCCCUUUGGCAUCCUCAUUCCUGGGCCCACCAUGGGAGGAUGUUUCUCUAAACCCAAACCAGUUGAAGUUAAAGUGGAGCUCUCUCACCUGGACAAAGAAAAAGAGGUGGACGGCCUGUCGCCUAAUGGAAAAGCCAGUCCCUUUGCUGACUGCAGACCUAACGGGGCUCUGGGGCACGGCUCUGAUGACGACCCCACGCUGCUGCCGCCUGGCCACAAAUCCAGAGACUAUGUGGAGGCGUCCGUGUGUCACAUUAAAGACCUGGAAAAUGGACAAAUGAGGGAGGUGGACUUGGGAAGUGGCAGAGCUUUGUUGAUCAAAGAACAUGGAGAGUUUUCCGCCAUGGGCCACAAGUGUCCUCACUAUGGAGCCCCACUGGUCAAAGGUGUGCUAUCUAAAGGACACGUGCGUUGUCCCUGGCACGGCGCGUGUUUCAACAUCACAACAGGAGACAUUGAGGACUUCCCAGGUCUGGACAGUCUGCCAACCUUCCAGGUCAGAGUGGAAAAGGAAAAGGUGAUCAUUCGUGCAAACAAGCAGGCUCUUCAGUCACAGAAAAGAUUAAAACCAAUGGCUCGGUGCUCAGCCGUCAUUAACUCCAGCUCAGGCUUCAGCCACGUUCUCAUCAUCGGCUCAGGUCCGGCUGCUCUGGUGUGUGCAGAGACGCUGAGGCAGGAGAGCUUCACUGAUCGUAUCGUGAUGUGCACCAUGGACAGACACCCUCCGUACGACAGGCCUAAACUGAGUAAGUCCUUAGAUAGCACAGCAGAGCAGCUGAGGCUACGUUCCAUCGACUUCCUGCAGGACCACGACAUCGAACUGUUCACAGAGAGAGAGGUUGUAGCUGUAGAUGUGAAGACUCGAUCUGUCUUAUUUGAAGAUGGCUUAAGGAUGGAGUACAAGAAACUCUUUAUUGCUACAGGAAGCAAACCCAAAGCGAUGAACUACAAGGGUAAAGAUGUCAGGAAUGUGUUCCACCUCCGGACUCCUGAGGAUGCUAACAGUGUGGCAAGGCUGGCCAACAACAAGAACGCUGUGAUAGUUGGGACGUCAUUCGUCGUUGUGUCUGCAGGACUGGAGGUGGCUGCAGCUCUGACUGACAAGGCCCACUCAGUCUCAGUCAUCGGGGUCGAGACCGUUCCCUUUAAAAAAGCUCUUGGGGAGAAAGUAGGGAAAGCCAUAAUGAAGCUAUUUGAGACAAACAGGGUGAAGUUCUACAUGCUGAACGAGGUGGCGGAGAUGAUUGGUCAUCAUGGACAGCUCAAAGAGGUUGUACUGAAGAGUGGGAAGGUCCUGAGGGCAGAUGUGUGUGUCAUUGGAGCAGGAAGCGUUCCUGCUACAAGCUUCUUGAAACAGAGUGGCAUCCACUUGGACUCCAAGGGCUUCAUCACUGUCAAUAAGGCGAUGCAGACAAAUGUUGAUGGGGUCUUUGCCGGGGGAGAUGUGGUGGUGUUUCCUUUCCCACCUCGAAACAACAAGAAGGUGAACAUCCCUCACUGGCAGAUGGCUCAUGUGCACGGCAGAGUGGCAGCACUCAGCAUGAUGGGCAGAUCCACUGAGAUCACAACUGUGCCUUAUUUCUGGUCAGCCAUGUUUGGGAAGACCAUCCGCUAUGCAGGUUAUGGUGAUGGAUUUGAUGAUGUCAUCAUUCAAGGGGAUCUGGAUGAACUGCGAUUUGUUGCAUUUUAUACCAGGGGUGAGGAGGUGGUUGCUGUGGCUAGCAUGAACUAUGAUCCCAUUGCGUCCCGAGUCGCAGAGGUGCUGGGAUCCGGAAAGACAAUUAGGAAGCGGGAUGUAGAGAUGUUAGCGCGGCUCGGCAAGACUGGAGACAUUUCUUGGCUGAUUGACAAAGGCUCUCACUGAAUUCACACCUGAAAAAGACCCAAAGGCCCCUGGACACCUCAAUAUGGACACAUUUGGUGCUGGGACACUGAGCAGCUAUCCUAUUUUAUUCUCACACACACACACACACACACACACACUGGGAACAUGGCUUUGUGUGCAGAAGACAACUCCUUUUGUUCCAGAGAGACACUUUAAUGUGACAAGCUGAACUGUUUUAGUUCCAGAACCAAGCAAUAUCCGCCCCAGCCUCUGUGCUGGUGCAUCUUGUACCUUUUGUUAGUAGGAAGCCAUGAAUGGGCAUUGGCAGUUUUGUAUAACAUUGUAUAUACGUAUAAUCCUGAAUGCACUGUAACAACAAAAGAGCGACUGAGGCACAGAUUGGAUGAGUGCUUGCAUACAGACUUUAGAUAUGCAUGAGAUCUUUUAAAUGAAGCCCCAAAGUAGUGAAUGUUUAAUGUAGAAAUAAAGUUGAAACUUUUUAAUUUGCAGCCAAACCAAGUUACUUCAACAAAACCAUGAAUGCAGCUAUGUCGCUAACAUGCAAACAGCUUUAAUCUGGAAACAAUUGUCUGAACUACAACGUACCUCUUUGUAUUAGACGCCUUGCAAGUAAAGCAUCAUAUUUUUAAUGAUACUAAUCAUUUGCUUGUGCAUUAGAUUUGUGUACUUUUCAAAGAGCAAUAACUCCUGUAGAUGAAUGCAAAAGUAGCUUCUUGGUAUUUUACCUCCAUCGGGAUUUUACAAACUCAGGGAACUGAGAUCUGAGGCCUGGGCUAACUGGUCCUUUUACAGUCACUUUAAUACGAACUCCUGGAAAUCCACAAGUGAUUAUUUACAUUCUGCCCUGAAACCACCAGGCAGAUAUCUGAUUACAUCCUGGAGAAACAAAGAUCCUCACAUCUUUGACCCCUGACCCUCAAGUCUCUAACAAAAAUGCCCAAAACUCUAACUAAACUAUGGAAAUAAAGGUGAUCCAACAAA